AUGGGCGCCGUCAACGCCGCCAUCAGAGCCUCACAGGACUUCCUCACAGCGCAGCUCGACGCGAAGCUGGCCAUUGUCAAGCAAGAGGUCAUUGCGGAGUUCGCCACGCAGCUCAGAGGUCCUCUGGGUGCGGUCGCCGGUCAGCAGCAGAAACAAAACGAACAGUUCACAGGACAUAUCCAAUCGCUCCAGGCCGCCUCGACCAAGCUGGAAGCAGACCAACGAGAACCACGUGCUCAAGUUGCAGAAAUACGACAGCGGCUACACAUGCAAGAAGCGCAGAUCCCGAUCAAGGAUUACGAGAACCUCAUUGAGUGGGACAGAGCGGCAGACAUCAACAUCAUCGUCGGCACGGCGGCGGAGAAGUACACGGCGGACCAGGUCAAGAACAGCAUCCAACCGAUCAUGGACAAGUGCGAGCUCAACGAAGGUGACUGGGAGGUGGUCGGGAAGGGCCCCGCUAGACGCUGCCUCAUCCAAUUCAGUGGUGACGCCAACGCAUCCGCUCGGAAGGUCAGGGCCUUCUACAGCAAGCUCAAAGGCCCCGAUGGGGAAUGGAUCAGUACAAAAGUUCAAAGUGUCCACGGACAGUCUACACGUCUCUUCUUCGGCCUCGAUCGCUCAGGGAAAACGGCGCGGAGGGAAUUCCAGACCAAGAAGUUCACCCACUUGUGCAAGGCACAAGACGCCACGAAGAGGAAGAAUAAGAGAUCGUUCAUGAUGCAGGUGAUGAACUCCACGGCGGCGCUGGCGCUGCAGGAGGUCCACGGCUCGGAGGCGGAGCUCGACCACGAGAUUCACUUGCGCUUACAGAUCAAGUCGGAUGUCUCCGAUGAUGCAGCGGGCGCGCUCCCCAACAUGAUCGCGAUCUACAACGCUCGCAACUUCCAGCUCACUGCGGGCCAGGUCCAGCGCGCGAGGGGCUCGAUCCGCGCCGAGCUAAGCAUUGCCGAACAACGGCCGGGGCGGAUCACCGUGCUCGUCAUGGGUGACUUCAACUUCAUGGAUGAGGCCCCGCUCGAGCUGACGGCACCGCUGGUCAGUGAGGCCUUCCUCGUCGGCGAAAUCACCACCCAGAAACACCAGCUGCUGUGGGGGCAAGCUCUGGGUGACAUGGUCGAGGUGGACCCCGGGUUGCCGACGCACUGCACCGAGCACUCGCGGCAGUGCGCGCGGAUUGACAAGAUUUGCAUCAGCUCGCCGCCGUGGCUGCUCAUGCAGUGGCGUGCGAAGGUGGACAUCCCCGCGGCACCUGGCGCCCUCUUCGACAGGGGCAUCUCCGACCACGCCCCAGUUCACCUUCGGCUCGCAGCGCGCGCCCCCGAGGGCAGCGAGCUGCGGCCGAUUCCGCGGCACAUCUUCGAGAUCCCCCUCUUCGCCAAAUAUUUUGCCCCACUGAGCGGCGCUGCGGACAUGGGCAACUACCUGCCCUUCAUCCGCCUCGAGGAAUUCAAGCGCCUCGUCCGCGAGGCGGCCAGGCUGACGCGCAACGACAUGGCAGGGACGCCCACUACCUCAAGAGACAGCGCCUUUCGCAAUAUGCAGAUGGCGAUCCAGAAGCGCGGCAAGCUCUGGGCCCCCACUGGCAAAGUGCUUAAGCUCAAGGCCAUCGAGGUCCUACAUGACCACAGCAUCACCGAGAAGCCUAAGGACAUGAUUGCCGAGCUUCGGCGCCAAUGGUCUCCUGCGUUUCAGGCGAAGCCUAGCCGCGCCAAGCACGUGAAACGCUACUUGGACAAGCACACCAUCCCCUACGAUUGCUCCCAGAUGGACAUCCCGACGCUAGGCAAAAUGGAGAAAAUCAUACGAAGGCUCAACAACUCGGCGCCAGGUCCUGACGGUAUCCCGUGCGCAGCUUGGAAGCGCACCCCCUCGUCGGCGCAGCUCCUACUUGAGGCGUCGCUCGAGGUAAUGAACGGUUUCCCCGCCCUGCUGAACUUCAACGAUUCGCUCAUGAUAUUCACCCCGAAAGGGUCGGAACCUGAGGAUGGGAUGUCGGCUGCCAGCAUGGCCAAG